AUGCCGGGGGUUGUCAUGGACAAUACAAAUAUUGGUGGAGCCGGACAAGGGUCAGCUAUUCAUGAUUCAAGAAACGGUAUGCCGUCUUUAACACCAAAUACCAAUCGAACUUCCGCCCUGGGCGACUCACAUGCGGGACGAGUUCAUAUCAAUGGUAUGGCGAAAAAUGCGGUUGAUCCCAGUCAAGCUGAAGGCGCUUCUACGGUCAAGAUUAUAUCGACUAAAUCCACGGAGUUACCGGGGUUGCCACACAUAACGCAAGGCUUUUUCCCAUUCUCGAAAUUGAUCAGUAGAUCUGUGCAACAAUCCUGGAAUGAUCUUUCCGACUUGAUCACGGAGAUGGCAGACAUCCAGGUCUCACCUCAAGAUCCAAAUUCUUUGCAAUUGCCCGCCAGUGGCAAGUCUGGGAAUCAGAGCCCAGAAAAUCUACAGAAGAAGGCACGGAUCCUUGACUUUGCACACGCCAAGCGCGCAGAGUUCAUCAAACUCCUUGUCUUAUCUCAAUGGAGCCGACAAGCAGCUGAUGUUAGCAAGCUAAUUGACCUUCAAAACUUUAUCCGUACUCGUCACCAGGCUUACAUGGGUGCUCUGCAAUGGAUUGGUGAUAUGAAGCGAGAUCUGGUACAAGCCCAAGUAGCUAAUCCGGAUUUAACAACGGCUCUCGAAGUCUUGUCCAAGGGUAAAGUAUCUUCUAUGUCAGAUCUUGGGUAUAAACCGCCUAGAUCCUUGACUGGCAAAGACACGCUCAAGAGAUUGCAGAAAAUCAAUAAGAUCAUAAGUGUGAGAUUAGCGUUGUACGAUUCAGUCCCUCGCGCCUUUCAAACGUAUAGCAUCCAUGAUGGCCGUGUUACAUUUGCUGUGCCAAACGAAUUUGAAUUGGAUCUUUCAAUCGGGCAAGAAGACAAAUCUUCUCAGUUAUACUUCGUCGACAUACGGUUUCUCUUCAAUCCAUCCUCACCGAUUCCUAAGGGUCGAAUACUCAACGAAUUUGAUGUCAAGAUAAACGAUGCACUUCGAAACGACGGCCUUGCUGGAUGCUUCGAUUUAUUACAUAGUCUCGUUCUCACUAACAAGAUCAACAUACUCUUUAAGCAGGCCAUGGAGCUGGCACGAGGCCUCUGGUACGAUGUCUUGCGUGUUGAGCUUUUGCACCGAACUCUUGUUGUACAUUAUUGGACGCAAAAAGCUGGAGCUAAAAGUUGGCUAGAGAUUGGGAUCAAGAGCGGUAGAAUAUACGGUGAGAAUGAUAGCUCCAGGUAUCCUUACUUGGAUUUGCGCUGGAUAAGAGACGGUCAAGAAGUCGACAGCAAAGAGAUUGAGUUCAACACAGAAAGCCUCUCUAUAGAGUGUAUUCUGCGAAGUGUCAUUGCGCUGCAUAUCUCUCAUAUACUCUCAUCUGCAUACUGCAUAAUAAGCGAAAGUCUACUUUACUCUGCUGGCAGAUUAUCCUUGCAGGCUCAAUUGACUAGGACCGAGCCUGGAGACUGUGGAUUGACUAUCCAACUUACGGAGUCCAGGUAUCUUACUGUUUCUAUUGAGCCGAUGACGGGAGCGAGCAUUAUAGCGGCCACCCCCAGCGCUCAGGAGCGACUUGAAAAUGAUCGCAGCUUUGACAAAUCUUCCGCCGAGGAUAUAGUGACCCGUGUUGCACGACUUCGUUGCAUGGCUGCGAUAGAUGAAAUUGAAUCGAACGUCAGGAUGUUGGGCUUCGAAACAGUGAAUCCCAGAAGUUUAAAGAUCGAUUUUCGAAGAAUGUUCCCGAACAAUGUUUUGCGGUUUUCCUUUUUCUGCCACCAUCUCUGGGAACGUAACUGGAUUGUAGCAGCAACAAGCAGCAUGGACAGUGACAACUGGUGGGUGGUGCAACUUCAAAACACAGCGACAGCAGAAAACCCUUCAGAUUUUGAUGCAAACAUACAUAUCUCGUCUACUCUUCGUUCAGUCCAGGUCAUAAGCGGUUCAUUCUUCCCCGUGAGCCAGAAUAUCAGCUACCCCUUGUUUGCAAACUUGGGGCAUUAUCUUUCCGGGAUAUUAGCAGUUCAUACCAAUGCGCGCUAUUUAGCGGACCUACAAUCCGUUGACUUCUACCCCCCUCUACAACGACUGGUGAUUGAACCAGACCUUUACGUCCCCGAGAUCUUCAUGCGUUACGAAGUGGCUAAUAUUCCCGAAGCAUUCCGGAUAGCCUUACCUAGUGGGCUGAAAAGCAGGGUUCGUACCAAAGGCACGAUCCGUCUCGCGUUUCAUGGAAUAGAUCCUUGCAAAAAGGUUGCCACUAUAGUCGCAUAUGGGAAUUUAUUGAUACCAAUCAAAACUUUCAGUGCUUUGAAUUCAACAUGGGACCAUUCGCUGGUUUUCCAAAAGAGAGGCACUGGCUUCGCUAUCCGCCUGCUAGCCCCGCCUGGCCGUCCUGUCAUUCCCAAACUCAUGGAAAAUUUGCAAAGACUUGAUUGUGUCUUGUCAAUUUUCGAGAGCCUUCAGCGAAAGAAAAUGGAGCCCCGAUCACUGUCGCUGUCACAUGUCACCUUUGCCUAUGGCCCCGAGAAAGACCUCCUCGCCACCCUGAAUAUCGAAACAUCCAUGCCGACGAGUUCUAUGGAGCUUGAUCCUAUUUUUAUUGCGUCUCGAACCAAAUCAUUGUUUCACUUGCGCUUAGGCCUAUCCUUUGAAUUUCCAAACCCACAUCGUCGCAUCCAGAAGUCUAUUGAAUCCACAUUGAAUCACAGCAUCACCGACACGGGUCUAGACACUGUUGCUGAAAUUCUCCUGCUUACACUUCCAUUAAUGCGAGCCCUAGACCAGAUCUUAAUAAAUCCGUCUAACAAGCAGCCACUAAGGGUGCAAGUGAUUGUCCGUAACGCGAAGACAUUUCAGAUUCACUAUCCUGCCCAAAGCUUCCGCUUCCAAUUAAUUGCCACUCAUCACCUCAGUCACAUGGUCUGGAUCCUGAAAGAGCUAAGCAGCCCUAAGGAAGGAUCAAGCCAAGAUCAGCUUAAGUUGAAGCUUCGAGAAAGGUUAUAUAACUCUAAGGGCGAUGGCUGGAGAGGCCUGGGUAAUGGGGUUGUCGCUGAAACUGACAAAGUUGGGAAUCUUCUGACUGAGCUCGACAAAUGUUUCGAGGUUAGUAGCACUUUAGGGUUGGCAGUUUCGACUACUGAAGCGAAAGCCAACGGCUCGAAGAGUUUUGAUCAACAGUCGACGGCAGAAAAUGGAACCCUUGAAAGCAUGCCCAAUGAAUCAGCAACAUUGAUCCCAGCGCCAAAUGUUACAGAUACUCGGCACAAAACUGGUGACACAACGCAAAAUACGGAUAUUAUUAUGAUUGAUUAG